AUGGCUCUGUCCACAUCCACCCACGAGUGGUCCGCUCCCAAAGUCCGAGACACCUUUCUCAAGUAUUUUGAGGAUCGAGGACAUACAUUCGUCAAAUCCUCUCCCGUGGUUCCACUUUCGGAUCCUACCCUUCUCUUCACCAAUGCGGGCAUGAAUCAAUUCAAACCGAUCUUCCUCGGCACGGUCGAUCCCUCGAGCAAAGAAGGCCAGUACAAGCGGGUGGUCAAUUCGCAGAAGUGCAUACGUGCGGGCGGGAAACACAAUGACCUCGACGACGUCGGCAAGGACAGCUACCACCACACCUUUUUUGAGAUGUUGGGCAACUGGUCGUUCGGCGAUUACUUCAAGAAGGAGGCCAUCAUGUUCUCGUGGGAGCUGUUGACAGACGUGUUCGGGCUGGCCCCGGAUCGGCUGUAUGUCACCUACUUUGAAGGGAACGAAGCCGGCGGUCUGGAGCCGGAUCUGGAGGCCAAGGAGAUCUGGAAGAGUGUCGGGGUGCCCGAGGACCAUAUACUGCCUGGGAACAUGAAGGAUAACUUCUGGGAAAUGGGCGACCAGGGACCGUGCGGCCCGUGUUCCGAGAUUCACUACGAUCGAAUCGGCGGUCGCAAUGCUGCCAGUCUCGUCAAUCAGGAUGACCCCAACGUGUUGGAGAUAUGGAACAACGUCUUUAUUCAAUACAACCGAGAACCGGACAAGAGCUUGCGACCGCUCCCGAACAAGCACGUCGACACGGGUAUGGGGUUUGAACGGCUGGUCAGUGUCCUGCAAAACAAAAUGUCCAACUACGACACCGACGUUUUCACUCCAAUAUUCGCGCGGAUUCAGGAAGUCACCGGGGCGAGACCCUACUCGGGAAAGUUCGGGGAGGAGGACGUCGACGGGAUUGAUACUGCGUACAGGGUUGUGGCAGAUCAUGUACGGACGCUGACCUUCGCCAUCAGUGACGGCGGCAUUCCCAACAAUGAAGGCAGAGGAUAUGUGGUGCGACGAGUAUUGAGACGGGGUGCGCGAUACGCCCGGAAAUACUUCAAUGUCGAAAUCGGCGACUUCUUCUCGAAGAUCGUGCCUACCCUGGUGGAGCAGAUGGGUGGUAUGUUCAAGGAGAUCGUCGCGAAAGCAGACGAGGUCAAGGAGAUUCUCAACGAGGAAGAGCUCUCCUUCGCCAAGACCUUGGAUCGCGGGGAGCGGCAAUUCGAGGUGUACGCCCAGAAAAGCCAGGUGCAGGGGCUCAAGAAGCUGCAUGGCGCAGAUGUUUGGCGACUGUACGACACAUUCGGGUUCCCGGUUGAUCUUACCCGCCUCAUGGCCGAGGAACGAAACCUUUCGAUCGACGACAACGAGUUCGAGGCCGCGAGAUUGGCCGCCAAAGAAGCCAGUAAGGGCCAGAAGAAAGCGGCCAGCGAUGUCCUCAAGCUGGACGUGCACGAUCUGGGCCAACUCGAGAAAAUGCCCGGUGUGACCAAAACAGAUGACAGCGCCAAGUACGGCAGGGACAAUAUCACCAGCACGAUCCAGGCGAUAUAUCACGCGAAGAAGUUCCAUUCCGACACCAAAAAUAUUCCCCAGGAUGACCAGGUCGGUAUUAUCCUCGAUCAAACCUGUUUCUACGCGGAACAGGGUGGUCAGGAGUUUGAUACCGGUCGGAUCGUCAUCGAUGGACAAGCCGAGCUCGAGGUGGAGAAUGUUCAGCUGUACGCCGGCUACGUGUUACACACGGGUUACAUGAAGUACGGCCACUUCUCGGUGGGGGACAAGGCAAUCUCUGAGUAUGACGAACUGAGGAGGUGGCCCAUUCGGAACAACCACACUGGCACACACAUUCUCAAUUUUGCGCUGAGGGAGGUUCUGGGUGACGGUGUCGAACAAAGGGGCUCGUUGGUGGCUCAGGAGAAGUUGAGAUUCGAUUUUAGUCACAAAGCGGGUGUCUCCGACGCUGAUCUGCAGAAGAUCGAGGACAUAUCGACAGAGUAUAUCCGGCAGAACUGCCCCGUAUACGCCAAGAAUGUGCCUUUGUCCAUUGCCCGUGAGAUUGCAGGUGUCCGAGCCGUGUUUGGCGAGACCUACCCUGAUCCGGUUCGGGUCGUGUCGGUGGGAGUCGAGGUCGACGAUAUCCUAAAAAAUGUCAAGGAUGAGAGAUGGAAAACGGUCAGCAUCGAGUUCUGUGGUGGCACCCACGUCCGAAGCACGGGCGACAUCAAGGACCUCAUCAUCCUGGAAGAAAGCGGCAUUGCCAAAGGCAUCAGGAGAAUUAUCGCGGUCACCGGCGAGGAUGCGCAUGAAGUUCAACGCGUGGCGGAAGAUUUCUCUACCAAACUCGACAAGCUCGAGAAGAUGCCGUUCGGGUCGCCAAAGGAACAAGAAGCAAAGGCCGUCCAGCUUGAACUCAACAACCUAUCAAUAUCGGCGGUGAGAAAAUCGCAGUUCCGAGAGCGCUUCGCCAAGAUCAGCAAAGAGAUUCUCGAUCAGCAGAAAAAGUUACAGAAAGAGGAGACCAAGAAGGCCAUCGACACAAUAACGGAAUACUUUGAGAAGAACCCCAAAGCCCAAGGGGCGGUUCUCAGGCUACCGAUUGGGGGGAACCCCAAAAUUGUGCCCGAUGUGGUCAAGCAUGUCCAGACGAAGAUGAAGGACAAGAGUGUGUAUAUCAUCGUGGCGGAUGAGAAGGACCCUGAAGGCAAGGUCUACCAUGGGUGUUUUGUCGGUCAGAACGGCGCAAAGGCCGGCAUGAAAUCUCCGGAAUGGUCGUCAACGGUGUCGAAGCUGGUUGGCGGCAAGGCUGGCGGAAAGGAGCCAGUUGCCAUCGGUACCGGGACGGAACUGUCAAAGACCGACGAGGCGUUGAAGGCCGCAACGGAUUAUUUGGAGAAGUUCAAGCUAUGA